UUGACACAGGAUCUAAGCCGUGGAUAACAUACAGACACAAAUUGAGUAGAAACGUGUAAAGAGGUUUUGGCACUGGCCCUUAAAUUCCAGGACUGUACCAGACAAGAUAUGUUCCAGUGCUCCAAAAAGGAGUUAAUUUUGUCUCCUCCUCCCAGAAGGUCUUUCUCAGAAAUGAAAGUGAAAGUGCAGCCCUAUGAGAAACCCUGUCUUAUUGAGAACGCUGCUAUGGACUCCCGGCUUUGCCUCGUUAUUCUAAGUUUGCUGGUAGUUUGUAAUGAGAUUCAGUCCUUUGAGGACAUGACUUUAUCGAAGAGCAGAAAUCUUUCCUGUAGGUAUGUGGAUAUGAGGAAUAAAAGUUUGUUGAGCUACAAUGAUCUAACAAAACAGAAAGCCUUACUUGUACUAAGAAGCAGAAAACAACUUUCCAAGGAAUAUUUUGAACCAGAAGGAAUUAUAUUUGUUUUGAAAGAUUCACCAGUCAACACAAUGAAGUUCUUAAAGGAAGGCUCACUCGAUCUAAUGUGUGAAAUCAACCCGUACUUUACAGAUAACAUCCAGAUUCUCUGGCCUGGUAUCCAUAUCAAUGAAAAUAUGGGAGAAGCGUGGUUCGUCGGCAGAUUCAAACACCCAAAUGAUAAUUUUCAGGUUACUUUAUUUUUCACUCACCUUUCAGAGAAAUCCCUGGAAGAAGAGGAUCUAUCUCAACUGCAGUCGUUUCCAAAUGCUGAUAUACGCCAUGUGUUACCGGUGUUUAUGUUAAGCACACAGACUCCACAUGUCCAGGCAAGACUUCAAGAAGAUGCUCUGCUGAACUGUGAUUUUUCUAUUGGCCACCAUGCCAAUGUGAACAUUGAUUGGAAAUUACUCAAGAAAGGAGGCCAAGAGAUAAAACUUCUUUCAUACAAAGGAUCUGAAAAAUCAGUUGUGUAUCAUGUUAAAGGGAUCAUGAUGCAAGUAGAUGAAGUACUCAAGGGGUCUGCUUCCCUUGUAGUGAAACAUGUGGAUCUGGAAAAAGAAGGGCUGUAUACGUGUACCAUAUCUGUGAACUCACUGUUUGGGGACCAGCUCAUACAUCUUGAAGUUGUAGAAACUCCCAAAGUAACUCUGAAUGUAAAUUCUCUGCUGCUCAAAGAGGGUCAAGAGCAGAAGCUUGUCUGUGAAGCCUCGAAAUACUACCCUCUGGAUGUUAAUAUAGAAUGGCUGCAAGAGGGACGAGAUCAGACAUUUCUACCUACUGUUCUGAAGAAUGUGCUCUUCAGUAGUCACAAGCACAACAAUGAUGGAACCUACAGUCUGUCUAGCUUCUUUAUGCUAACUGCUUCUCGACUGAAUGAUGGUGCUGUUUUCACAUGUCGUGUGGAGCAUACAAGCCUAAAGCAUCCCAUAAGGAAAAGUGUAAAGGUUCGAGUUGAAGAAUCCUCACCAUUUAGCUAUCAAGAAUUGUUAUUGGUAGUACUGAUCAUCGUUUUAUGUGUGGUACUUCUAAGGCUCAUAAUGCAUCUUAACAAAGGUAGGACCUCGAGUAAGCCAAAGCCAUACUGAAACUGAAAAUAAAUAACACUGCCAAGCUUCAGUGCGGGAGAUCAAAGGGAAAUGAGGGACUUUUCAGUAAGAAUCCGGGACUGCGAGUUGAGCUGUCAAAACAGGGACUGUCCCCCGAAAAUCAGACAGUUGAGAGGCAUGGCAUUCGACCCUCACUGUGUAUAGAGUUUGCCUGCAUCAGAACCCUUCAGAUGACUUCUCCUCACCUUCUGUGCAGCAAAACUCUCUCUUUCCAGAAUCUGUCUCCUGAUUUGCGGCAGGAUUCUCACUGCCUUUGACUCCUCGUUUCUAAUACACUUUCUCCAGCCUUUCCCACCUGACUUUCUUUGUAUCAUAGGUUUAUCUCUUACCAUUCCCAUGUAUGUGGCUUUCUGUCACCCUUAACCCUGGCAAUUUACAGUUUCCUUUACCUAAUUUGCUUAGCAUAACAAGCAGCUCAUCCAUCUGGCACUACAGUGCAGUUAUGAUGCAAAGUUCACCCUGUCCCUACAAAUAUUCACUCGUUAAUUUUAUUUUUGAUUGCUGGCUGUUAUAUCAACCAGGGGAUAUAGCUCCCAACAAUCAAAUAAUACUGCCAUAAAAAUGUAAUUUUCAAAGUGAAUAUUUAAAUGGCUGAAACCAACUGAACUGAAAAAAGCAUUUACCCCAUUAAAUUGUGCAUUUGCUUUAAUGGAUCACUGGUAAAAUCUAAAUGGAAAAAAGUGUUGUAUUAAUGUUAUAAGUUUAGCUUUUUUGUACAUCUCUGUAAAGAAUCAUUGUAUAUAUUAUGUUAUUAAGUUUUACUGAGAUUUUGGAAAAUAAAAAAUCUGUUUGUGUCUAA